AUUCACUAUCCCCUAUAACAAUUGUAUAAUGAUAUUGGACACUACGAUCACACAACUACCAAUUUGGAUUUCAUAUUGAUUUCUCUGUCUUCUCUUCUCUCCAUUCUGUCAACAACCUUGCCUAUGUCCUCUUCAUACAAUAGAAUUCAUCAACUCCACUCCUAAUUAUUAUUAUAUUCACCCCCUAACAUCAACAACAUCGUCACUCAUUCCUCUCUUUCAUCUCCUAUCUCUCAUCUCAAUCUCUAAUACUAUACUAUAUAUAACCCAAUUCCAACCACCACAAUGCUCAAAUUCCAAUUCAUCAAAUUCACCCCUCUUUUACCUUCAAAACCCUCAUUUUCUCCUCUUUCUUCUAGACUCAAAUCACACAUGGCUUCUUACUCUUCUUCUUCUUCUUCUUCCUCUUCCAACCUCUUGUUUCGUCAGCUUUUUGAAAAGGAGUCAUCUACUUACACUUACCUUCUUGCUGAUGCAUCACAGACUGAAAAACCAGCAAUUUUGAUUGACCCUGUUGAUAAAACAGUGGAUAGAGACUUAUCACUGAUUCAAGAAUUAGGUUUGAAGCUUGUGUAUGCUUUGAACACACAUGUUCAUGCUGAUCAUGUUACUGGAACUGGUCUCAUCAAGAGCAAAGUUCCUGAUGUAAAAUCUGUUAUUUCAAAAGCAAGUGGUGCAACAGCAGAUGUUUAUGUAGAACAGGGUGAUAAAAUCCGUUUCGGCGAUCUUUAUCUAGAGGUUCGUGCAACUCCGGGUCAUACUUUAGGUUGCCUUACCUAUGUUACAGGAGAUGGACCUGAUCAACCUCAACCUAGACUGGCAUUCACAGGGGAUACCCUAUUAAUACGCGGAUGUGGAAGGACCGACUUUCAGGGUGGGAGUUCGGAGAAUCUUUACAAAUCAGUCCAUUCACAGAUUUUUACACUUCCUAAAGAUACCUUACUCUACCCGGCUCAUGACUACAAAGGAUUCUCUGUUACCACGGUCGGAGAGGAAAUACAGUAUAAUCCACGCCUAACAAAAGAUGAGGAAACUUUCAAGAACAUCAUGGCGAAUCUUAACUUGUCAUAUCCCAAAAUGAUCGAUGUGGCUGUUCCGGCUAAUAUGGUUUGUGGAAUCCAAUCGAAAACAAGCUGAUGUUAUAGUCUUGUUUGACAGUCAAGCGGCGACGAUGCUGUUCAACACGGAGGCGAUACUAGUGAAGGAAAAAAAUAAAUAGUGUUAAUUGUCCUUUGUGUUGAAGAGAAAAAUGAAGAUUGUAAACAAAUAAAUUGAUGGUUAUGGCCUCAACAUUGUGCUAUAGUGUGUUCUGUUCUAUACAGUUUUAGAAUAUAGAUGAUAAAGUCCUUUAUAGAUUGAAAA